GAACAUUGGGUACUAAUGCGUACACAUUUCAGAGUGAUUCUGAAGACCGCCUGGCUGUCUUUUUCAAGGUGCACAUAAAGGAUCCCUGUUGUCAAACAUUACUGAAAUACCUGUGCUAUAUUGUUAAAGAAUAACUGUCUAGUGUAAACCAUAAAGCCUUUUUGAAUGUAUCAUCCAGAACUACAAGAAGACCCAGAUGCCAUCGCAAACAGCCAGUACCGACUCUUUAGAGGAACCGACUCCAAUGGACCAGGAAGCAUCAAGCACCCCAACAGGAAGUGAGCAGAUGCCCACAUCCACCACCAGUGAUGUCAUCAAUCAGUCCGGAGCCGCCUCCCAAACUGUUCCCACGACAAGCACUGAGUCUCUUAGGCCCAGGUUUAGGGCUGGCAUUCAAGCUAAAGAGAGGCUGAAGUUUAUUCUGGGAGCCUCUGAGGAUUACUCAUCUGAUGAUGAGCCUGUGCUUUCACGCCAUUCAGCAAGACCUCAGACACAAAGCACAGAGCCAUCCAAGGAAAUUACUACAUCCUUAUCAGAAGCACCGCCGCCACCUGCCCUGGGUUCCUCUUGCAGUUUAAGGCCUAGCAUGUCAGGACCCCACCUGCUGAAAAAAGGCAGAGAACACAGAAAAAUGGAUGUGCACAGAGAUUUCACCGUCGCCUCACCUGCUGAGUUUGUCACUCGCUUUGGAGGAAACCGGGUUAUAGACAAGGUGCUGAUUGCUAAUAAUGGCAUUGCUGCUGUUAAAUGCAUGCGGUCUAUUCGCCGCUGGUCCUAUGAGAUGUUUCGAAAUGAGAGGACCAUUCGCUUCGUGGUGAUGGUCACGCCUGAAGACUUGAAAGCCAAUGCAGAAUACAUUAAAAUGGCUGAUCAUUAUGUGCCUGUGCCUGGGGGCUCGAAUAACAACAACUAUGCCAAUGUUGAGAUGAUCGUGGAUAUUGCCAAAAGGAUCCCGGUGCAGGCGGUGUGGGCUGGAUGGGGCCAUGCUUCAGAGAACCCCAAAUUACCAGAGCUCCUUCACAAAGCAGGGAUUUCUUUUUUGGGGCCCUCCAGUAAGGCCAUGUGGGCAUUAGGUGAUAAGGUGGCAUCUUCCAUUGUGGCCCAGAGUGCCAACAUCCCCAUCUUGCCUUGGAGUGGAACGGGUCUGAAAGUUGAAUCGGCAGAGGAAAAUCAUAGACUUGGUCACGUGAUCAGUGUUCCUCGUGAACUGUAUGUGCAGGGCUGUGUUAAAGAUGUGGAUGAAGGAUUAGCGAGUGCGGAGAAGAUCGGCUACCCUGUGGUCAUCAAAGCAUCGGAAGGAGGGGGAGGAAAAGGGAUCAGAAAAGUGGACUGCUCGGAAGACUUUCCCGGCUUCUUCAGACAGGUGCAGGCCGAGAUACCAGGUUCACCCAUUUUCAUCAUGCAGCUGGCCGAGCACGCCCGUCACCUUGAGGUGCAAAUCCUGGCCGACCAAUACGGUAAUGCCAUCUCUCUGUUUGGCAGAGACUGCUCCAUCCAGCGGCGCCACCAGAAGAUCAUCGAGGAAGCUCCUCCCACCAUUGCCUCCACCACCACUUUUGAGCAAAUGGAAAAGUAUGCAGUGCUUCUGGCUAAAAUGGUGGGCUAUGUGAGCGCCGGUACGGUGGAGUAUCUGUUCUCAGAAGACGGAAGUUUCCACUUUCUGGAGCUGAAUCCACGGCUGCAGGUGGAGCAUCCCUGCACUGAGAUGAUCGCUGAUGUCAACCUUCCUGCUGCUCAGCUCCAGAUAGCUAUGGGCAUCCCUCUUUACAGAAUUAAGGAUAUUCGUGUUUUGUACGGUGAGGCACCGUGGGGGGACACGCCCAUCAACUUUGACUCUCCGGAAUGCAUUCCCUGUCCACGGGGACACGUAAUAGCUGCACGCAUCACCAGUGAGAACCCAGAUGAGGGUUUUAAGCCAAGUUCAGGCACAGUUCAGGAGCUGAAUUUCCGCAGCAGUAAGAACGUGUGGGGUUACUUCAGCGUGGGAGCGGCUGGAGGUCUGCACGAGUUUGCAGACUCUCAGUUUGGACAUUGUUUCUCCUGGGGCGAGAACCGAGAAGAAGCCAUCUCGAAUAUGGUGGUGGCCAUGAAAGAGCUGUCUAUAAGGGGAGACUUCCGAACCACAGUGGAGUAUCUUAUAAAACUACUGGAGACCGAGAGUUUUCGUAACAAUGACAUCGACACUGGUUGGCUGGAUCACCUUAUUACAGAAAAAGUUAAGGCUGAGAGGCCAGACACCAUGUUAGGUGUGGUCUGUGGAGCUCUCCAUGUCGCCGAUGCUAGUUUCAGAGAGAGCAUGUCUGACUUUCUGCAUUCACUGGAAAGGGGUCAGGUGUUACCUGCUGUGAGUCUGGUCAACACAGUAAAUGUUGAUCUGAUCUAUGACAGAGUCAAAUACUGUCUCAAGGUGGCCCGCCAGUCGCCCACCACGUAUGUCAUCAUUAUGAACGGUUCAGAUAUCGAGGUUGACGUCCACAGACUCAGUGAUGGUGGUCUUCUCCUUUCAUACGGUGGCAGCAGCUACACAACCUACAUGAAGGAGGAAAUAGACAGCUACCGUGUCACAGUGGGCAACAAAACAUGCGUGUUUGAGAAGGAGAGAGACCCCACGGUGCUCAGAUCGCCCUCUGCUGGCAAGCUGUUGCAGUAUGUGGUCGCUGAUGGGUCUCAUGUUUUGGCUGGGCAGCCUUAUGCAGAGAUUGAGGUUAUGAAGAUGGUUAUGUCCCUGCACGUCAAGCAGUCUGGUUGCGUUCACUUUCUAAAGAGACCAGGAACAGUGUUAGAGCCCGGCUGUGUGGUGGCCCACAUGGACCUGGAUGACCCCAGCUUUAUUGUGCAGGUAAAACCAAACACAGAGGCAUUGCCUUCCCAGGAGCCUUUACCUAUUGUGGGUGAGAAGCUUCACCAGGUGUUCCACAAUGUUCUGGAGAUCCUGGUGAAGAUUAUGGAUGGAUACUGUCUACCAGAGCCAUACUUCAGUGAAAAACUAAAAAAGUGGGUCGACACGCUGAUGAAGACCCUCAGGGAUCCAUCUUUGCCUCUUCUUGAACUACAGGAGAUUAUGACCAGCGUGGCAGGCCGCAUACCCAUUACAGUAGAGAAGGCAAUUCGAAAGGUCAUGGCACAGUACGCCAGUAACAUUACGUCUGUGCUCUGUCAGUUUCCCAGCCAAAGGAUAGCAAAUAUCUUAGACAGCCAUGCAGCCACUCUUCAGAGAAAAGCUGACCGUGAGGUUUUCUUCAUGAACACACAAAGUAUUGUGCAACUGGUGCAGAGGUACCGUAGUGGCAUUAGAGGUUACAUGAAAUUCGUAGUGCUGGAUCUGCUGAGACGCUACCUGCAGGUGGAGACGCAAUUUCAGCAAGCACAUUAUGAUAAAUGUGUGAUCAACCUCCGAGAGAAAUAUAAGCCUGAUAUGACUCCAGUACUGGAGUGUAUCUUCUCACACGCUCAGGUGUCCAAGAAGAACGUUCUUGUCAUCAUGCUCAUAGAUCAGCUGUGUGGACGGGACCCGACCCUUGCUGAUGAGCUCAUGGUGAUUUUAAAUGAGCUCACACAACUUGGUAAAAUGGAGAACUCUAAAGUUGCCCUCCGGGCCAGACAGGUUUUGAUCGCCUCUCAUUUGCCCUCAUAUGAACUACGACACAACCAGGUGGAAUCCAUUUUUUUGUCUGCUAUUGAUAUGUAUGGACAUCAGUUUUGUCCCGAGAACCUCAAGAAACUCAUCCUGUCCGAGACCUCCAUCUUUGACGUCUUGCCCUGUUUCUUCUACCACAACAACCGAGUGGUUUGCAUGGCUGCACUCGAGGUGUAUGUACGAAGAGGUUACAUAGCGUACGAGCUGAACAGCCUACAGCAUCAUCAGCUGCAGGAUGGCACGUGUGCGGUGGACUUUCAGUUUAUGUUACCAUCAUCACAUCCCAACAGAGAGACAUACGUCACGCCAAGCCAGUCCAAGCCCAAACCCACAGGGAGCAGUCUUACUUUGAACAGAGUUUCAGUUCCCGUGAGCGGUUCAGGGGAGUCAAUGCGGCGACAGGGCAGUGAUCUCUUUAUGGAGGGGGCACUGUCACCUCCCUGUCAAAGGAUGGGAGCCAUGGUUGCCUUUCAUAGCUUUGAGCACUUCAAAAGAUGUUUUGAUGAGGUGAUUUUUCGCUUCGCUGAUCCGUUGUGUGAGAGUUCUCUGUUCUCAGAGACAUUUCCCAAUUUCUGUGAUGAGGAUAACUGUAAGAACCUGAAAGAGAACCCCAUUCACAUCAUUAUGGUGUCCAUCCAACAAGCGGACACUGAAGAUGAUGACGCCCUAGUUUCAGCUUUCACAGCCUUUGCUCAAUCUAAAAGAGAUCUGCUGCACGAGUACGGGAUCAGAAGAGUCACAUUUUUAGUUGCACAAAAGCGAGAGUUCCCGAAAUACUUUACCUUCAGGGCCAGAGAUGAAUUUCAAGAAGACCGAAUCUAUCGUAAUCUUGAGCCAGCUCUGGCUUUCCAGCUUGAGUUGAAUCGAAUGCGUAACUUCGACCUGACGGCCGUGCCCUGUGCCCACCACAGGAUGCAGCUGUAUCUGGGUGCUGCCCGUGUGGAGGAAGGGGCAGAGGUCACAGAUUAUCGUUUCUUUAUCAGAGCCAUCAUCCGUCACUCUGACCUCAUCACCAAGGAAGCUUCAUUUGAGUAUCUGCAGAAUGAAGGAGAGAGACUGCUGCUUGAGGCUAUGGAUGAACUGGAGGUGGCUUUCAGUAACACACCCACCCAUACCGACUGCAACCACAUCUUCCUCAACUUUGUGCCAACAGUUAUCAUGGACCCUUCCAAGAUUGAAGAGUCUGUCCGCUCUAUGGUGAUGCGGUACGGCAGUCGUCUGUGGAAGUUGCGCGUGCUCCAGGCCGAACUGAAAAUCAACAUCCGCCUCACAACCACCGGGAACGCCAUUCCCAUCCGCCUCUUCCUCACCAAUGAGUCUGGUUAUUAUUUGGACAUCAGCCUGUACAAGGAAGACACUGACCCCACCACCGGACAGAUCAUGUUCCAGUCAUACGGAGAAAAACAAGGUCCAAUGAAUGGCAUGUUAAUCAACACACCUUAUGUCACUAAAGAUCUGCUGCAGGCCAAACGCUUUCAGGCUCAGAGCCUUGGCACCACGUAUGUUUAUGACUUCCCUGAGAUGUUCAGGCAGGCUUUGUUUAAGCUUUGGGGACCAGGAGACAGCUACCCGACAGAUGUGUUGAUGUGUAAUGAGCUGGUGCUGGAUUCUCAAGGGAGACUUGUGCAGAUGAACAGACUACCUGGAGAUAAUGAGGUUGGAAUGGUGGCCUUCCGGAUGAAGAUGAAGACUCCGGAAUACCCAGAGGGCCGGGAUAUCAUUGUUAUCUGUAAUGAUAUUACUCAUAUGAUUGGCUCAUUUGGGCCCCAGGAGGAUCAGCUGUUUUUACAGGCAUCUGAACUGGCCAGGGAAGAAGGCAUUCCACGCAUCUACAUUUCAGCCAAUAGCGGAGCUCGAAUUGGACUGGCGGAGGAGAUCCGCCACAUGUUUCAGGUGGCGUGGAUUGACCCCGAUGACCCCUAUAAGGGCUUCAAGUACCUCUAUCUGACCCCUCAGGAUUACACUCUUAUCAGUUCCACGAACUCUGUUCACUGUCGCCAUGAGGAAGAGAACGGAGAGUCCAGGUACAUCAUCACAGACAUCAUAGGGAAGGAAGAAGGGCUUGGAGUGGAGAAUCUGAGGGGUUCAGGCACCAUAGCUGGAGAAACAUCUCAAGCUUAUAAAGAAGUCAUCACAAUCAGCAUGGUGACUUGUCGUGCCAUAGGAAUCGGGGCGUAUUUGUUGCGUCUCGGACAGAGAGUGAUUCAAGUGGAAAAUUCCCACAUCAUCCUGACCGGGGCAGGAGCGCUAAACAAGGUGUUGGGUCGUGAGGUUUACACUUCUAAUAACCAGCUUGGAGGAGUACAGAUCAUGCACAAUAAUGGAGUGACACACACCACUGUGCCAGAUGAUUUUGAAGGGGUGCUCACAAUCCUACAGUGGCUAUCUUAUAUGCCAAAGAACAAUCAAAGUUCUGUCCCAAUCAUGCCUCCGACUGAUCCAGUGGACAGAGAGAUUGAUUUUCUUCCCACCAAAGCACCUUAUGACCCCCGCUGGCUGCUCUGUGGUCGACCCCAUCCCACUGUGAAGGGAGCAUGGCAGAGUGGAUUUUUUGACAACGGUACUUUUAUGGAAGUGAUGGCCACCUGGGCUCAGACUGUGGUCGUGGGGCGAGCCAGGCUUGGUGGGAUUCCUCUUGGGGUUAUCGCUGUGGAGACCCGCACCGUUGAAGUUGCGAUUCCCGCAGAUCCAGCCAACUUAGAUUCAGAGGCCAGGCUUGUGCAGCAGGCUGGUCAGGUGUGGUUUCCAGACUCUGCAUAUAAAACUGCUCAGGCUAUUCAGGAUUUCAACAGGGAGAAACUUCCACUUAUGGUGUUUGCUAACUGGAGAGGCUUCUCUGGAGGAAUGAAAGACAUGUACGAUCAGGUACUAAAGUUCGGUGCUUAUAUCGUGGAUGCCCUGCGAGAGUUUGGCCAACCUGUGCUGGUCUACAUCCCUCCUCAUGCUGAGCUGAGAGGAGGAUCGUGGGUCGUGAUCGACCCCACCAUCAACCUUCAACAUAUGGAGCUCUACGCAGAUCGAGAGAGCAGAGGAGGUGUUCUGGAGGCAGAGGGAACUGUGGAGAUAAAGUUCAGGAAGAAAGAUCUGCUGAAGACCAUGCGAAGGAUCGAUGCUGUGUAUUCCCACCUAUCUGAGCAGCUUGGCAAGCCGGAGUUGCCGGUGCAAGAGCGUAAAGAUUUGGAGGUCAAACUGAAAGCAAGAGAGGAGUUCCUCCUUCCCAUCUACCAUCAGGUGGCAGUGCAAUUCGUGGACCUCCAUGACACGCCUGGGAGAAUGCAGGAAAAGGGCGUCAUCAUGGACAUUGUAAACUGGAAGAAUGCACGGUCGUUCUUUUACUGGCGUCUGCGGCGACUAUUAUUGGAGGAGGUGGUAAAGGGGGAGAUCAUGCAGGCCAAUAAAGAACUGAGCAACGGACACAUCCGGUCAAUGCUGCGCCGGUGGUUUGUGGAAAAAGAAGGGACUGUUAAAGCAUACCUGUGGGACAAUAACAAAGUUGUUAUAGAGUGGCUGGAGAAACAUCUUUCGCAGCAGGACGGGACGCAUUCUGUCAUUAGGGAGAACAUCAAGUACUUGAAGAGGGACUACGCUCUCAAAAACAUCCGCAGCUUAGUUCAGGCCAACCCAGAGGUGUCUAUGGACUGCAUCAUCCACAUGGCCCAGAACAUCACUCCUUCACAAAGAGCCAAAAUCUGCCACCUGCUGGCCACCAUGGACAACUCCACUACCAGCUGAUCUUAUCUUUACUCAUCAUCACUAGUACUGUUUAGCUUUCCACUACACAAAGGAAACAACAUGGUGUUUGGCAUUUUUUUAACUAUUGUAAUAUGCUGAAAAUGAAGUAAAAAGCACAAGAUAGAUACUGUAUAAUAUGGACAGUUUUGGACUGUUCUUGUAUCAGGGCAUUAGGCAAUCGCCUUAUACACAUGAUUUCAAGUGUCCAGGGUUCAUUUACUCCACUUAACUUAUCAUAGCACACAGCUGCUGGUUGUGGCAACUUUAGGAUAAACAUAUGGUAUCUUAUGCUAGCACUAUAGUAGGCCUAUACUGUAUCCUACACACUAUAGUAUGCUCACUGCCAAAAGCUGUAUGUACGUGGUGAUUUUUGUGGCAUUUUUAUGUUAAUAGCCGACAGAUGAAUGUACAACAAACCAAAGAGACUGAUUUUUAGUGAAGCGGUUGCCAAGUUGGAGUGCACAUGAACACUACAUGGUACUUCCUCAGGAAUAUAUGUAAUAAUUAUACAAAACAAAUAAAUGAUGAAAUCACUAUUUUUAGAGUAUAGUCACAGUAUUGUAGCUGAAUAAAAUCACUGUGCCUUUACAAAAAGGCUUAUUUUCAUUUGUGUAAAUAUGUCUUUAAAUCUUAACUAUGAUGGCCUGGGUUUCCCAGCAAAACCUCUCCAGUUGUGUUUCGAGGGGGGUCCUCCGGUAAAAAUCAUGCAUUAAAAUCUGCAUUUUUUUUUUGAAGAGUUUAUAUGCUAAAAUUCGCAUUCUCAUGGCUAAAUAUCAUUAUUGGGGAUGCUUCAACCCGCGGACAUGUAAAACAGCCUGUGGCAACAGUAUUAAAGGUCCCGUUCUUUCUGUGUUUUUGAAGCUUUGAUUGUGUUAAAGUGUGCAAUAUAAUAUGUGUUCAUCUUUCAAUGUAAAAAAAAACGCGGUAUCACACACAAUUUACUUAUCAGUAUACUGUUUUCACUGUCCUCAAAACAGGCUGAUGUCUUCUUUGUUCUAUGAAGUUCCUCCUUCAGAAAUGCGUAACGAGUUCUGAUUGUGUAGUUUGUUUAGUGUGUUGUGAUUCGAUAGCAGCUUAGCAAAGCCGUUAGCUUAGCUGGGACUGACGUAUUCCUGUGGGCGGAGUUUAGUAAAAAAACUGUUCUAGUGACAUCAUUAAAGCAGGAAGUAGAGGGCUGUAGUCCAAACCGGUCGUUUGCUGUAGGCUUUGAAAAUGUAAUUUUGUUAAAGAAAAUAUAUCGCCUGGCAGUGAACUUUGACCUUUAUCAUUUUACAGGUAUUAUUUAUGCUCUAACAGCAACAUUACACACUAACUAGGGUCUAAAAAAUGGGAUCAGGAGGAACGUGACCUUUAAAGUAGCCCAAUUCAGCAGGAAAACCCUGCUUUCAUCAAUAACUUUCAUUUUUACAAGUAUACACUAAUGAAAAAAAAUGAUACACUUUUUAAAGCAACACUAUGUUGUUUUUUUAACCUUUAUAUAAUGUCUCUAAAAUUAUUUCAGUGAUAGAACAACUUUUAACUGGACAAAUUGUACUGUUGCUGCAACCUGAGCAGCCUCCUAGCUGCUACAAGCACACUCAGAAAGUGGCGGUGGAGGGUAGGAAACACAGCCCCGCCCCUCCCCCUGCCUGCAGAAGAGUGUCUGAUACCAGGCACUGUUGCGCUUUUCAACCACAUGGGGGAGAUGUAAGUCAUUUUUACAUGGAAACUACAUAGUGUUGCUUUAAUUCGUAAUAAAUUGGUUAUGUAUUUGUUAAGCAUUACACUUCUGUUUGUAUGAAUGCAAUCGCAUGUGCUGGUUCGGUAAGUGGAUAAAUAUAAUUUAACCCCCGAGGCUGGACUGUACACAUUAUUUCUGAUAAAAAUAUUUUUUUAUCAGAUUUUGUGCCUUUUAAUAGUUUUUGUGUGUUGUUAUGAGACCAGAAACUAAGCUCAGUGCCUGUUUUUGUUGGCUGUAUCAGGAUGUAUGUAAAUGAAAUCCAUGAUUAUGCAUAAAUAAAUAGUUUUUCUAUAAAUGGAGAUUUAGUCAUUUUUCUAAUUCAUAAUCUUUGUUAAAAGCCAGUGGCGGCUCGUGACUGCUCAUCCGAUGGGCUCAAAUUCAAAAUAAGUGUUCGGAGUGUUGCUCAUGUUUUCAAAAUAUGUGUUUGUUGUGUCAUGUAACCAUGUGCAUCACGUGUCUUGUCAAAAUAAGUGCCUGCUGCACAUGCGUUAAAACCGUUUAUGAUAAAAGAGACGCUCACGUUCACAAAAUACAUGCAAGACACUCCCUUAACAAUGAAUUUUGAUUACGCAUGAGAUUAUGCGAGUAUCUGGCAAACGCGAGCGUAUCUUUAAUAAUAAACCCUUUAGACGCAUCUGCAGCAGACACUUAUUUUGACAAGACAUGUGAUGCACAUGGGAUCAUUCGACUCACAGAACACACAUUUUGAAAUUACGAACCACACACAUGACGGGCUACAUACAUGUUGUGACGAACUUUACAUCGAGUGCCCUCGAAAAAAGAAGUCACCGGCAGCCACUGUUAAAAGUAGAUGUGUUGAUUCAUAUUUGGACCAACCAAUAAAUACAUUUUGUGAUUUUUUACUGACCUAAUACAACAUUUUACAUUCAAGCAUUUGGCAGACGCUUUCAUUCAAAGCAACUUGCAAGUGCAUUCAAGCAAUACAUUUGAUCAGUAUGUGUGUUCCUGGGACCGAACCCAUGACCUUUGUAAUGCUCUACACAUUGAAUCAUAGAAACACAUGCAGAUAAAGACAUUUAAUAAUGCUGAUAUAAACAUUUUAUUUGUGCUGAAUGAAUCGUAUUUCUUGUCCAAUAUUGUGAGAUUUUAUUGCUUGGUCAUUUCAAAUAUUUAGAUAUGUACAAUAAACAAUGAUUCAUGUCA